AUGAUGAAGCUCCUUUGGAAUAUCCAGCAGAAGAAGGAUAAUCUUUGGGUUAGAUGGAUAGAUAGCUACUAUAUAAAGGGGCAUGACAUGAUGCAUAUGGAGAGUAAAGAUCAGUAUUCCUGGAUUUUCAAAGUCAUCUUGCGCCAUAGAGAUAUGAUAAAUGACUUACAGAACUGGACAAAUUGGCAUACCUUUAGAACCAGAGCUGUCUACAAGUUUUUGAUGAAAGACUGUGUUCAGGUUCCUUGGCACAGAAUUUUUAACGGAAACAGUGCACGGCCUCGAGCCCUAUUCACUUUGUGGAUGGCGUGCCACUGCAAAUUGGCCACAAGAGUAAGAUUGUUUAAGUUUGGAAUGGUGGACUAUACAACUUGCUGCUUCUGUACACAGGAUGAAACCAUUGAGCAUUUGCUGUUUGAGUGUCCUGUUACUAAGACUAUUUGGAAACAGGUCCUUGCUUGGAUGGAGUAUGUGCGUGAACCACUCAAUUGGACUCAAGAACUGAGCUGGUUAGUGCAGAAUUGUAAAGGUAAAUCUGUACGAUCGGAUUUGCUCAAGAUGGCUAUUGCGGAGACGGUAUAUGGCGUUUGGAUGUAUAGAAAUGCUAUAAGUUUUGGGAAGGAUAUUGAUAGAUUGACUAUUGGUGAAAAAAUUAUAGAUGUAAUAGUUUAUAGAGGGUGGGAAAAGCAAAAGUUAAGACCUCAUAUAGCUAGAUUGAUGUUAUAG